CCUCAUCUCCUCGAUCAUCCCCUCACCUCACCCUUUCCACAAAGGCUCCAACACCAAGCUGGCUCCCGACUCUUGACCCCUCCUCCGCUUCUGGCCACCUCCAUUGAAACUGGAAGAGCAACCGCCUGAAACCCAAAACCCAAAAAUGUCAGGGACAUUUUCUCUUCAUCUUCUUCUUCUGUUGCUCCUAUCUCUACACAGCAGCAGCGGCAGCAUGGCUGCUCUCACAACCCAAACCCUUGACAUACCCCCACAGUACUACAACCCAAAGCUCCCAGCCCACGCGCUCUCGUCCUCCAAGAAGUACGAGGGUUCUUCCGACCUCGUUCACCUUCGCUACCAUAUGGGUCCCGUCCUCUCCUCUCCGAUCAAUAUUUACCUCAUCUGGUACGGCAAGUGGAACCCAUCCCAGAAGCUCAUCAUCAAGGACUUCCUCCUUUCCAUCUCCGCCAACCAUCGCGCAGCCGCUUCGCCUUCUGUCUCCAAGUGGUGGAGCACCGCUUCUCUCUAUACCGACCAGACCGGCGCCAACGUCUCCCGAACGGUGCUCAUCGCAAAGGAGUACGUCGAUCAGCUUUACUCCCAAGGAACCCACCUCACCCGCCUCUCCAUCCAACAAGUCAUCGGCAAUGCCGUCAAAUCCGCUCCCUUCCCCGUCGAUCACAAGAACGGAAUCUACUUGAUCCUAACCUCCAGCGAUGUCACCGUUCAGGACUUCUGUCGGGCGGUGUGUGGGUUUCACUACUUCACGUUCCCGUCCAUGGUCGGGUACACGCUGCCAUACGCCUGGGUUGGGAACUCCGGGAAGCAGUGCCCAGAGGUAUGCGCGUACCCUUUCGCCACACCCGGGUACAUGGCGGGCAGUGGGCCAGGCGCGUUGGCACCUCCGAAUGGGGACGUGGGUGUGGACGGCAUGAUCAGCGUGAUCGGGCACGAACUGGCCGAGCUGUCGACGAAUCCAUUGGUGAAUGCUUGGUAUGCUGGGGAGGAUCCGACAGCUCCCACGGAGAUCGGGGACCUGUGCGAGGGAUUAUACGGGACAGGAGGGGGAGGUGGAUACAUCGGCCAGGUGAUGAGGGAUGGUGCAGGGAGGACGUUUAACCUGAACGGGAGGAGAGGGAGGAGGUUUCUGGUUCAGUGGAUAUGGAGCCCGAUUUUGAAGGCUUGUGCUGGUCCGAAUGCGUUAGAUUGAUCAGUUAUGAUUUAUAAACUCUCUCUCCCUCUCCCUCUCUCUCGCUCUCUCUGUAUAUCUGGUUGUUUGUCUUUCCCUUCCCCAUUAAUUCCCUCUACUUGAGGGAUUUCUUCUUAUUACUGUCUACUGUAGAUGGGGCCUGAGGGAGUGAGGGGUGCUAGUUUGGUGCCGGGAGCUAGAGAGGGGAUUUAUUUUUUUAUUACAAAUUUUGUUCAGUUAUUACUUAAAGCCGUGUACAGAGGAUAGAACUAUUUGUUAGAUUUUAUUUUAUUUCUUAUGAAAUUAAAUUUUUAUAUUGAAUAUGAUUAUAUUUCUAUCGCGAUAUGAGCAAGAGGAAUC